AAUAUUUUGAUGCAAAAUAUUUUGGAUAUUUCCUUUCCUUUUCUAUUUGCCUCUGUUGCAAUUUCCAUUGCAUUGUAAAUGUGAAAAAAUACAGUUUUAUUUAUUAAUUAUCACUACGAUAGUACGAUAUGAAAGCAAACCUAAACAAUAAGAAUAUUAUUGUUAGUGAGAGUAAAAUAAUAUACGAUAUUCCUGAUUAGAACACUGAAAUAAAAACCUGUGAACUAUAUCAAGAAUGGCACCGAAAAAGAAAACUGAAAGUUCAUCAUUUUUACUGAAAACACCAAAAGAAAAAAUAUCAAAAGCUAAACCAUUCAAACCAAAGAACAUUAUAAAAUUAAAAAUUCCGGCUAAAAGUAUUAAAAAUGCCAUUGGUGAAAAGAUCUUGGAACAAAAAAGUCCUGUAGAACUUGAACUGAAAAAGAUGCUGACCAUGAACCCACAGAAUGAUGUGAAGAUUGACAGAAUGAAUGAAGUGGCUCUAGCACAGUUAGUUAAAGAUUGCCCUGUGGCAGUCACUGAGAGUACCCCGGCCCCUGUGGCUAAGAAAAGAGGCAGGAAAAAGAAGAUACUGGAUCCAGAAACGGCCGUGGUCGUUCCUAAGAAAAAGCCCAAGUUGCCCACAAAGGCUAAAGUUCCACCUAAAAAAACGACUAAGAAGGUAGCAAAAACAAAGAAGCCAAAAGAAACGGCUGUGGUCGUUCCUAAGAAAAAGCCCAAGUUGCCCACAAAGGCUAAAGUUCCACCUAAAAAAACGACUAAGAAAGUAGCAAAUACAAAGAAGCCAAAAGUUGCAGCUCCAAAGCGAAAGGCUUCAAAAAAAAUUCAACCAGCCAUAAGUCCGCCCCCAAAAAGACAAAGAGGCAGGCCGCGGAAGCUAGGUAAGCCUGCGGACGACGACUCCACUAUAACCUCACCUUCUAUCCUGAGCUACAGUCAAAAAGAAGUCAAAACUCCUGUCAAGGACACACAGAAUACAGUCGCUAAAUUCCCUGUAGUCCCCAACACCACAGAAAACAAUAACGACUCCAGAAGAACAUCUAUCACAAGUGCACCAGCGUCGGAUUUGUCUUGGACCAAAGAUAUAUCCGGAUCCAGUACCACAACUUGCAUCACCGUCACCUCCAACGACUUUGUGCGUAUAGACGGAAAACUGCCCGAACUCAAAAUAACUAAGCUGAAGAAAAGCCAAAUAGUCAAUAAAAAUUCAGAAGAAUCCGUCACCCAGAUGGAACAGGAGCGUUCCUUUUCAAAAGACAGCAACGUCAGCUCUUUUAGUUCGCCAUCUAAGUUAAAAAAUAGCCUAAUAGAAGAUAAAUUAGAAGAACCCCUUAUCGAGAAGAUAUUAGAACCAGAGCAUUCCCUUUCAGAAGACAGCAGCAGCAGCAGCAGCAGCAGCUCUUCUAGUUCGUCUUCUAGUUCCUCCCAAAGCGAUAAUACUGCUAUGGAAAACGGCUUAAACUUAAGCACAUCUUCAAUAACGGCUCCUCCGUACAGCCCGAUUUAUACACCACGCAAUCAAAGCUUCGAUAAAACCAAGCAGGACGAAGUCGCUUCAAUACUAGAAAUGCUUGCACCCAAAUUGAAAUCCCUGGACUUGGAGUUUCCUGAUAUCGCGAAUGAGGACGAGGAUUGUGACAUGAGUCUCUUCGAGGAGAAGGUUUCUAAGUAUUUAGAGGAGGAAUACAAUACUAUAUUAGAAUGUAGUCAUUUAAACCGAAUUUUAUCGGAGAAUUAUCUGCCAAAUACUGCUGUCGAAACCGAACAGAAACAUAGCGGAGAACCAGACUUCGCUACGUCUAACCAUACUGCGAUCUCCGAUAAAAGUGCUUGUGAUAAUUUUAACGAUACUCCAAGCAAUAUUACGCGGCAACGGGACGCUUAUGAUUCUGACAUUUCUGACGAUGACGUGCUGCAACUUUACGCCACCGAUAACGACCUUGAUUCUACUAGGAUGGGUAGCUCGGCUUCCAUCUUCGAGGAGUACGUGCCCCGACCCCUUACCCAGAGGUCCCACACCGCCGUGAGCUACCAACCUUCAAAAAUAGACGAGCCAGAAACCGCAAGUGCGAAAAAACCCGUAUGCGAAAAACAAAACGCCGAUUCUACUUCCAUACACAAGGAACCAGAACUGGAUAAUGCUUUGAAUGUAAUGCCUGCGACAAUAAAUGGAACUGUCCUGGUUCAGAAAUCCACAAAUAAGUCGACGGCAGAAUAUAAAAGACCACCGCUGACUAUCUCAUGUUACCCGAUCCCUUCUCGCUUUAGAAGCGCAGCGCUAAGUGGAGUCUGCUUCUUCAAUCUGAUCUCAAUGUGUAACAAACAAGAUAUGUUUCACCUAAAGUCUUUCCCUCACUGUUUCAUCGAAGAAAACGUUUUUAGGAUGCGAAUUGAACAACUUAGCGAAAUACAGUUCAUUCAAGAGUAUAAUCAUAUUGCGAGGUGGACAAUAUUGAGAAAGAAAUACGUCAAAUGCUUCAUCGACGAGUGCCAAAGACGAGAGUUGCCUAAAAUCCUAGUCGAAAUAGUUAUAGAUUUUCUUUCCAGAACCCCUCCAAAAACAGUAGAAGAUGAAGAUCUCAGAGUUCAAGUAAUUGAACACGCUUUGAUACACCUUAACAAUUGGAACUUGACAGUUUGUGAACAGUUGCUCGAAUAUAAUGUGGGAGAUGAAGUCCUGUCUGUUGUGUUCAUGAAAAUAAUAGCAAAUACACAAAAUUUUUCACGGUUCAAGAAUGUCUUCGUAAAUCUGACAGAUUUCAUGGUUCGCGCUAAUCGGACGUUUGAUUUUGGUGUUGCAUGUCAUAUCCUAGAGAGAGUGUGCAUUCUGCCCUUUGAGAUCCCAUUGGCAAUGAGUCUGAUAUUGAUUAUAGGAAAUACUGAUAGGGAGAUCUUCAAGAACAGUAUGACGAAUAGGUUCGAGUUGUCGUUGGAGACAUGUAAUAAGGAGUUAUAUAAAUGGUAUUUGUCAAUCAAGACGGAGGGUGUAUCAAGUAUGGGGUUGAAGCCAGCCAGUGAGCCCGGGGGGUCAUUGCCGCCUUCUUUGCCAUCCCCAAGUGGCAGUCGGGAGCUGGAACCGCUGAUUUUCAACCCAAGUAACUCGCAGGACUUUGAGCAGAGAUACACCUCUCCGGACACUACGAAUGUGGAUAAUGUGAACAAACUCGUCACGGAGCCAACUAUUAUACGGACUCUUAAUCACCUGAGCGGGAGACCUCUCACAAUGUGCAUGCCGAGGCCCCCGCCGCCGCGGCCGCCUCCGCCGCGCCCGCGGGCUCCGUACCGCAAGUGGAAUGAGAGGAGUAUCAUGUCACAAAUUCCAAGAAUGCCUUAUAUGAGGCCGCCGAGGCCUAUGAAGAGGCCUCUGACCCGACCAGAACGGCCACCGUCUAAAUUCCAACGAAGAUAUGGGCCGGAUUUUUAAAUUUAACUAAUAGUCUUCUAAGAGGUAAACUUUGUAAGGUCAGUAAGUUUAAAUCGUUACUUUAUUAUAAAAUUUAAGUUGUGGAAGUAGUAGUUUUUUGAAUUGUUGGACCUGAUUAAAGCAUAUUUUAUUAGUUCACGUGUUGUAAUGUUUUAUAUAUGAGUGCGAGUAAGACUCGUGGACUCGUUCUUAAGGAUACCUACUAUAAAAUUAAUAUUACCGUACAUACUAUUGACAUUGGAUAUAUUCAAAAUUUGACUUGCUGGCAAAAACUUACCCACUUAUUCGUAAACAGACUACAAGACCCAAUUAGUUAAUAUACUUAUAUUUUUUUAUCCCAUAUGUAUAAGCUCAAAUGACAGAUUAAGAUUAGAUUGUGAGUUAAUUGAGGCUGGUAGUGCGUUUAAAAGGGGUAAAUCUUUUUUUUUUUACUAAAAAAUAUUUCAAUAUUUAAGUACAAUUUACAUCAGCAGCAUUUUAAAAAAACAUAGUGCGUAAAUUAAACUGUUAAUUAUAUUAAUAAUUUCUUAUAAAAGUGACUUGCGUUAAAAUUUUGUUAUAAUGUUAAGUCAAAUAUUGUAAUAAAACUAAUAGUAGCUUGCCAUAGAAUGCUUCUGCCUAGUAUUUUAAUAAAAGUAAAUUCUUGAAUACAUAGUUUUCCGUCCUAAUUUCCUAGAGAUUUCUUGCCUUUCUUGAAUUCAUAAUUGUAAAAGAGGUAAUUGAUUAAAUAUUUAAAGAACAGUACCAUAUACAGUACAGUAGGUAUUUAUGGAACAAAUUACACUAAAAAAGUUCAAUAAACCGUCUUUUUUUUUAUUCGAGUAUGCGUAACGAGUUUGAGUUGCCAGUAACAAAAAAUCGAGCUUGUAACCUGUUUACUAUAAAAUGAAACCAUAACAAGAUAGAAUGAGUUUUAAUAUACACAUCCCUGCUAAUAUUAUAAAUGCGAAAGUAAAGUCUGCCUAUUUGUUUGACUGUCUGUCUGUUACUUCUUCGCGCUUACACCGUGGAACUGAAUCAAUUUAGAUUAAAUUUGGUAUCGAGAUAGUUUGAGGCUCGAGUUAGGCAAGGAUAUAGGACAGUUUUUAACAAUCAUCAUCAUCUAACACAGACGAAAUCAGUACGGUAUAGGUAUGUAUAUCUUCGCUCUAAUCUUUAUAUAGGUAUUUUAUUAACUGCUUCAUACUAUAAUAUAGACCGGGAGAUAGUGACACAUUUUACUGGGUCAUUUGUACCAGUAUGGCGGUUC